AUGAUUAGCGGUUUGAUUCCUGAGUAUCUGGUGGAAAUGACUCCACCAGUAUCUGUCACAGCUGCUCUUGGGCUGCUCAUGUGUCUUGGCUUCUUUACCCUGACUUCUGCACUAUCCGAGAGCCCGCUGCCUGGUAUACUGAAGCUUAAAGGCUAUCCUAUCUUGGGUGCCAUUCCGAUCUACUUCAGAGACGGAAUGGCGUUGAUGUUGGAGAAACUGACCACUUUGGCAGACGAUGGGAUUUCCUAUGCUCAAGUUGGCAACAAGAUACUGGUGUCAGUGCAUGACCCUACUAUGGCCAAAGAGGUGCUGGCAUUUACAGACAAAGUUGCAUCGCGCUUGGGCGACCCUCGUGUCUUUAGCUGGUCUCCGUUCUGGACACUCAUUCGUUUGCUCGACAACAACCUAUUCGACGACGUGGGUCAUGAAGCCAUGCGCCAGCGUGGUAUGUUCAAUCGCGAAUUCAGCAAUCCCGCUUCAAAUGUCGGCAAGUUCGAUGGAAUCAUGGAAGUUGCCUCUGCACACGUCGAAAGCAUCGCUGGGAGUCUUGACAGAGGUGAAGUUGUUGCCGACAUCAGACGGGCAGCCGACACCUACGGGCUGGCACCUGGGAAGCCAGUAGCAUCCGAGGCCAAGGUACGGGCAGAGAUUGAGAGUAUCUACGAUAGGAACGUCGAACAUCUAGAGGAGUAUGAGAGCAACAAUCCGGAAGCACCAAUGAAGACCAUCCGCAGUCUUUCUGUUGCCGACGGCGGUAAGCGAUCCGGGCCUUUGACAAAGUUCGCUAUUCAAUUUGCGAGGCUCAACGUUUUCGGCGGCCAUCACGGUAUUGGCUCCAACAUCACAUGGAUAAUGAUUGAGCUGCAAAGGCGCCCGGAAAUACUUGCAAAGCUCUUGGCCGAGAUUGAUUCGUUUGAUGCGAUCGACUUCACAACAGUGACCACGAAGAUGCCAUACCUCGACGCAGUCGUCAUGGAGAUCAAUCGGUUGUACCCAAGCGUACCUGCAACACUUCGAGUCAUUGAGCGAGAAACUGGCAUUAGAUCAUGCAAGAAGCCAGUAGCGCUAAAGCCAGGCAUGCUGGUUUAUCUCUCGUAUCUCCACAUGCAUACAUCACCCAAAUACUGGGGAUCAGACGCAGGUGAAUUCGACCCCAACCGUUUUCUCAACGGUAUCGACAAGAGUAGGCCAUUCAUGCCAUUUGGAUCAGGGACAAGAGAUUGUGUUGGGUACAAGUUUGCGUUGCUGUCGGUGAAAGUGUUCCUCGUCACGCUUUUGAAAACCUAUGACUUCAAGGUCGAAGAAAACAACUGCACACCCAAGCUGAAUACUUUGCUUGAGACAUCUGGUCCAGUCAGGGUAGAGUUCUCCCGAAGAGCCUAA